UGACAGGACAACCCGGGAGGCUAGGCAGUAAAUCAGCGAUCGAGAAGAGGAAACGACGGAUCCGCUGCAAGUGAGUCGUAAAGCGGAUGAGGGGUUCAGUACACUAGGUACGUGCCUGGAUCUCGCAACCGCGAUCUUCCCCAAGCCAUCGUAUGGAAGAUGCUCCUCCUGCAAGCCGUCUCUAAUGCACCGAUUCCGAUUGCACCAUAAAGUGGCUUUGCUUUGCUCUCUCGGGCCCUCACGUCCUCACCCACUAGAAUCGACGUCGACAACAGACACGAGUGAAGAGAUGCUCCAAGGACCCUCGCAGGGCUCCAAUGCAGUCAGAGAGAGGCCAUCCUGCAGAGACUGUUAUCUCCAUGCUCCGAUGGAUGAUGCAACUCAGCAAAGGCGUUGGGGUCGAACUAGUAUCAAGCAUUCAGGCCCGACCGGGGUGCUUGAGGCGGUUCCAAAAGUACGGCACCAUGCACACUCGGCGAGUCGCCAGGUGCAGUGACGAUGAAACUAGACCAGGGUCCGGACAUUGACUUGCUCUCUUCCUCCCUCCGCCCCA